GGCCAAGUUUGGUAUUACUUAACAUCCACAAAACCCUGCUAUAAAGGAGCACUGCUGUCUGUACUGGGCGAAAAACAUGGCUUUACCUUUCCUACCGGGAAACUCAUUUAACAGAAAUUUGGGAAAAGAAAAAUUUCAUAAAUCCCAGCAUUUUGGUUACUCCAAUGAGGUAGCUAUGGUGAUAGGAGAAGAUAAGCCUGGGAUUGGAGGAGAGCGACUUCUUGGACAGAAAUUGAAACCAAAAUUCAGCGUAUUUCCUAAAGGAAUGGGCAGUGACGCCCCAUCAUGGGUGGCUUUUGACAAACAGGUUCUUUCAUUUGAAGCAUAUUUUGAAGAGGAUGUUCCUCAAAGCAGACAGGAAUCCUAUCGGAUCAGAUGCUGUAAAAUCUACUUCUACCUUGAAGAUGACACAGUUCAAGUAGUGGAACCACCACUAAAAAACAGUGGUAUUCCUCAAGGGACCAUAAUCAGAAGGCAUCGCAUUCCUCUUCCAUCACCUAACGAUGACCAGUUUUACACUGUGGAUGAUUUCAACAUCAACAAGGAUGUUGUUUUUUAUUCAAGAACAUUCAGGAUAGUGAACUGUGAUGAGUUUACCAAAAACUUUUUAAGGAAGCUGGGAAUCCGAUUAAAUCCUCCAGGGUCUAUUCCGGACGACCCUUACUCUACAGUGCGCAAGAAGAUGGAGGAAAAUAUGCAGCCUUUGCGUCCAUACGAACGUACGGAUACACUGAAGCAGUUCCUGGAACAUGACAGAGAAGUUCUGCGGUUCUUUUGUUUCUGGGAUGACACACCAUCACCUUUUGGUGAUUGUAGGGAUCUUAUUUUACAUUACUUUCUAGCAGAUGAUACAGUUGAAAUUGUUGAGGUUAUACCAGCAAAUGCUGGUAGAGAAAUGAUUCCGGUCUUUUUACACAGAGGAAAGCUACCCAAGCAUGGUCAUACAAAAGUGUAUAAACCUGGAGAGAUAACUGCCCGCACUGUUUUAAAUGUUUUUGGACCAAUGGGACACGGAGGUCGCUACAUUCUGGAUAAUCUUAAGACGGGGGCUGUACAUCAGGACUUUUACAAAGACUGUGACCUGGUAAUAGGAGCAGCCAUUAACGUGUGGGGAAGAACAAUUAUCUUAUGUGAUUGUGAUGAAUUCACCAAGAAUUAUUACAGAACAAAGUAUGGAAUUGAGACCUUUACCCCUGUUCAGUACAAAGCUCCUCCACCUCCAGGAGUCGAGAAGAAAAUCCCACCAUAUAAUGGCUUUGGUUCAGAGGAAGAUUCUCUUUGUUCUUGUAUGGGGCUUUUGCCAAAACCACCACAGCGAGAUUUCAAGAAAUUCAUGGAAAAGGACAGGUAUGGACUUGAAAGCAACGUUCUCAGAUUUGUAGCAAAACUUGUCACCAACAAUCCCAUUGAUGAGGAUCGCAAGUUCAUUGUAUCCUAUUUCUUGUGUGAUGACACCAUAUCUGUUUUUGAACCACCGCAAAGAAACUCAGGAGUACUUGGUGGUAAAUUUUUGGAAAGAUGUCGCAUUAAGAAACCUGGACAAGAACUUUUCAAGAGUGAGCUGUCAGAAUACUUUAAGGCAGACGACCUUUUUGUUGGAGCCAGAGUUACUUUCAAUGGCCACAAUUUGAUUCUAGUUGACGCAGAUGAAUAUGUUUUCAAUUACAUGGAAAAAAAUGUGAAUGAGUUCCCUAUGGCUGACAUUAAUGCCAUUAUAAGUAAAUUGAGAAGUAUCACUGAGCCAAGAUCUAGGGAAAUCAAGGAACAGUUUGCAGCUAGAGAUCCUCAAAACACCAAUGAGAUGGCUUAUGAAACGUUCAGAAAUCUGCUGGUGGACAUUUCAAAUAAACAGCUUACUGAACACGAAAUCAUGACUCUAGGACGCCAUUACAGUGUUAGAGAAAUGCAAGAGGCUGAUUUAAGCUUUCUGCUCGGCAUGGCCCAGGAGCAACUGAAGAAAAAGGCAUUUGAGAACUUCAGUAGACUUACUGAUGCAUUUAAAUACAACGAUCGUGAAAAGAAUAGCAAGAUUUCCUUCCAAGAAACUAAAACCAUUUGCAAAGCCUUCAAGAUUCCUUUGGCAGACGAUCUUCUUCGGGUGAUAAUACAAAAGCACAAGGAAAACAACGGUCAAAUUAAUUAUCUGGAACUGGUGUCUGGACUUAACUGGAGAGAAAACCCAAUUCCUGCACAGCAAAAAACACCAAUUAAGUAUGAUGCUGAGUGGAGCGGAGGAGAAGCAGCUAACUCUGUCAAACGUGUCAACUUUCUGCUACUUCUUAAUGAUUUAUUUGGUCUAAGGGAAUAAUUUGAAGAACACUUAGAAAAGGCUUCAGGUAUCACUAAGUGAUUUGGAUGAAGAACAGUUUGUGUAAAAAAAAUAUACAUACAGCAAAGCCAGAAAAUGUACCAAUGACCAUGUGGAUCAUUAUUUAAAGUUACAAUAAAUUUUGUUGUGAAGUGUU